UUUUAGAGAGAGAAACAGGAGAGAGAUUCGGUGUUGUAUUAAAUUGAUGUAGCAGAGAGAGAGAGAGAGAGGGGAGGGUUGCAGUAGCUAUGGCGGCGUUGCAGUGGCGUGAUUUUAAUGCAUCCAAAUAACAUAAAGACAAACAAUCAUCAACAAGAAUAAAGCUCAAACUCCUUUUCUUCAUGUUUCUCUUUCUUACAACAAACCCUAGAUUAAGUUCAAAACCCUCUUCUAUUGAUUCACUCCUAUGGAUUGUCCUUUACUUUUUGGGAAUUUAGGUGCGGGAGAAUGUCACGUUUUUUCUCACUAGGUGGUGGAUCGAUCAUUAAAGAUGAACAAGAUCAACAUGAAGAUAUUCAUGAAGCUAGUGUAGUCGCACCAAAUAGUUUACCUUUGGUUAUAAACGACGAGAUCUACAACAAAGGAUUUGACGUAUGGCAGCAAUAUUAUUAUCUUCACCCACACCGGUACCAGCUGCACCGUCAGCAACAACAGUAUGAUUUAGGUUACGCUGAAGGUGACAAUAGUACUGGUGCACGAGGAAAUAGUAACGGUAACAGUAACAGUAAUAGUAAUAGUUUUAGUACUAAUUGUAAUUCUAACAAUUUGUACGAUUCCUCAGUGAUGAGGCAGGGUGGGUAUGGGAUGGUUGGAGGAGAAUACGGCGGCGUUGGCAGUGGCGGUGGCGGUGGUACGAAUUGUCAGGAUUGUGGGAACCAAGCAAAGAAAGAUUGUCAAUACAUGAGGUGUAGGACUUGUUGUAAAAGCCGAGGGUUUCAGUGUCAAACCCACGUGAAAAGCACGUGGGUUCCCGCAGCUAAACGACGCGAGCGGCAGCUGCAGCUCGCGUCGGUAAGUCAACAACAUCAUAAUUUAGGUGACCACCAGCUGAGUUUGAUGAUGAGAGGUAGUGACAGUGGCGGUGCUGGUGGUAGUGAUCAGAAUUUGAAAAGACUCCGGGAGGAUCAGCAUAUUGUCGCCACCGCCGGUGGCGGUGGUGGGGUGGUUGUGAAUUUGCAAUCUACACAUCAUCAAAACAUUUCUACAGAAAUGGGUCAUUUCCCAGCAGAAUUGAGCUCCCCAGCGGUUUUCCGGUGCGUUAGAGUAACCGCAAUGGGCGAGACGGAGGAGCAGUUGGCUUAUCAGACCGCGGUUAACAUUGGGGGGCAUGUUUUCAAGGGAAUUCUCUAUGACCAUGGUCCCGAGGGCCCAUACACCCAUCCUGGCGGCGGAGGAGACAGUUCCUCCGCUGCAGGCGAUCGUGGCAACGCUCAACAUCAACAACUUACCCGCAUCACCUCGGGCACCAUGGGGCUUGCCACAACAACAGUGAAUCCGAAUGCCGCUUCUAUUGAUCCUUCUAACAUAUUUCCACCUCCGCUCAAUGCUUUCAUGGUUGGUACACAAUUCUUCCCACCACCAAGAUCUUGAGAUUUAACUAGGCAAAAAAAGAAAUCAAAGGUUCUAAUUUGCAUAAUUUAAUGUUAGUUAUAUAACACAUUGAUUAUGUAGCUUCUAGUAGUAUUUGACAGAUUUGUAAUGAAGAUUAUGAGUAUUACUAAACCAAUAUUAAUGA